AUGGAAGUCACUUUAAGAAUAAAAAAUAUAGAAAUGUCACAAAACGUAGAUACAAUAGAAUUUGUUUAUAAAAAUUCUUGUUCAGUUAUAAAAGAUGUAGUUAUUUUUUCAAUUGUAACCUUGCAUGAUUUAUUGUUUGAAAAAGUAACAUUUCGUUUAAAAUCUAGAGGAGCAAUUUGGGAUAAAUAUACUGGUGUAGUAAAUAUUAAUAACUCAAGUUUUAUAAAAAGAUCACUUAAAGAUAAUAUUGAACCUGUAUUGUCUAGUGAAUAUGUCUUUAAGACGGAAUUUUAUGAUUUUGGGGGUUUACAAACAAUUGGUAAAAUGACAUAUGAUUUUACAAUUAAUCAGAUCUAUGAAGGACUUAAUGGUGUAGAAGAACAGGAUACACUUGUUCAAAAAAUAUUUACCUUGUUUUUAGAUCAGCAGCAGAGUGUUUUAGUAAAAAAUUUUCAAACGGUGCUAGAUGAAUUUUUAAUGGGUAGUCGUGGAUGUAAAAUCAAUUUUAUAUUAGGAUUGUACAUAAUGGAAAAAUACACUGCUAAUAUUUACUAUGAAAUGACUAAAAAUUUAAAAUUUGAAAAUAUAAAAAAUCUAAAAAAAUUAGAAAUUUUUGAUAAAACAAAUAUGUUUUAUUUAGGGAGUUUUGUUAAUGAAAAAGUUCAGAAAUUAACAUCAUCUGACUUUUUAAAAAAAAAUGAUUUUGAGAUUGAAAAAUACUUAUUAGGUUCAGAUAAAAAUUUUAAAUAUAGUAAAAUUACUGAUUUUACAAAUUACACACCCUCACGAACCAAAUCUUCUUCUGAUUCUAAUAAAGAACACAAAUCAAAAACAAAAGAAGAGUUAUCAAAUCUUUAUAAAAAAUUUAAUGAAUUUUACAAAAAAAAAUUUAACAAUCGAGAAGUCUUAGAUCUUCUAGAAUCUUGUAUGACGGAAAUGGUAGAAGAAGAUUAUUUUAGUAAAAGGAUUGAGGAUACCUCAGAUGAAGAUUUUUAUAUGCUACAAGAUUUAGAGAAGUUGUUCCAAGCACCAAAAGAUUACAAGCCCAUAAAAGAACAUUUAAGUAAUGAUGAGUACAUAAUUGCACAUAAAGACUUCCUUACACAAUUUGUAAAUUGUUUUUACUUCGCUCUUGGUUCAUACGGAAAUACAUGGCCCACUAUAUUUUGUGCCAGAAGAAAAAAAGUAAAAAAUUCUAAAAUGGAUGCAAAUAGAAAGGCAAUAUUAGAAUUUUUAAAUAUUGAAAAUGAAUUUUUGAUUUCGAUACAGAUGGCAGAUAAGAAUAUACCUGAGCAUAUUAUUUUUUAUGAUAAAGAAUAUAAUAGACUUGUUGUAUCAUUUAAAGGAACAUCAACAUCAGAAGAAGCCCUUAAAGAUUUGAAUUGUAGAUAUACAAAAUUUUACGACGGAUUUGCACACAAAGGGAUAAAACACAUGGCAUGUGAAUUUGUUAAAUACAAGACUAAGAUUUUAUUAGAUCUAUUAGAAACUUAUAAAACUAAAAAUAUAUUAUUUACAGGCCAUUCCCUUGGGGCCAGUAUAGCUAUUUUAGUACAUUUAAUUUACAUUAAACAGGGCAUUUCUGAAUUCUUAAAUAUUGUAACAAUGGCAUUUUGCGCGGCACCUGUUGUAUCAUUUAAUAUAGCAUCACAAAAAUAUAAAAAUUUAUUUGUAAUAACGUAUGGUAAUGAUUUUAUUGCAAGAUUGAAUUAUGGCAGUUUUAUUGAAAUGAAAUAUAUUGCCUGUUCUCUUGGAAAUAAAUCAGGGGUUUUUGGUAAAAUUGAAAACAUAGAAGAUGAUUUAAAAAAAAUUAAAGUACACAAUAAAUGUAAUAAUAAAUAUCCUAAGUUAUUUUGUCCAGGAAUAAAUUAUCAUUUUAAAAGAGUUAUAGUAAUUAAACAGAAUAAGAAGAUAUCUUUAAUUCUUUAUAAAAAAGUAAAUCUUGAUUUUUUUGAAUCUAUGAUUGUUAUUAAACAUGCUACAAUACAUCAUAUGUUACCUCACAUAUUGUAUGUUUGUGAUCAAGGAAUUAAAGAUUCGGAUGAAAUUGACAAUAAAUAA